UAACUUCUCCUUUAACAUGUUUUGUGGCAAAAAUACACUGCUAACUUCCGGUAAUAGGAAAAGUAGUUAUUAAAUGUACAUAUGUUAUUUCAAUCCCUUAUCAAGCGUUUACCGGAUGUGCACACCCGGUCAGUUAAAAGAAACAAUUAAAUUUUAUGUCUAACAUGGAACAUAAGCACCAUGGACAUCAUUUCACUCAUUUUUACGUCACAACAACGGUAGAAUCAAGGCGUAAUUUCCGGGUUAUUAUGGAAGCCUUUGCCAUGUACUUCUUGUCUAUGGAAAUUGUCAUUCUUGUUCACCGCCAAACUUUCAAUCAAAAUAACUUUGCUCACGAAUAUGCUUUUGAAUUAAUCAUUGUUGCCUUUGGUUUGGCAACAGCGAUGCAACUGACUUUGUUGCUCAAAGAUUUCCCAACGGGUGUUAUUUAUGAAUGCAUGAGUGAAUGGCAUAGACUUCAACUCUUUCUGCAUUUUGGGGGAUUUUUCUUCACUGCAUUUGGCAUCGUCGCUAUGGUGGUUUCAGAAACAAGCGCCGAAGAACAUGAAUUUACUGCAACAAUCGGCGCUUUGGUGGCGUCCAUCAUAAAUGCUACAUGGUACACAGUUUCUAAAAUCUAUGAAAAAGCCGUCAAGUCGUCUGUUCCCGCCAUUACAGUAACCGACACCGAUAAAGGGGAGACAAUCGUGCUGGAAGGGCCUUUCCGCAGGAAAACUUGGCUGCAGCGACCAAUGCACAGACGACAGGACAAGCAUCUAUUGGUUGUUCCUGAUAUCCCGGGAUCCCGACCAGUUCAUGUCGGGAACAAUCAAUUUUCAAGGAUACCCUCUGAAGUUUACAUGGAGCAAGCGGUGAAUCGGGAAAGAUAUGCUGAAGAAAUGACACGGAAAUUUUGUGAAAAAUGGAAGAACUUCAAUAAGAAAUCUCCGGGAAAUGGUGAAAAUGAUAUUGAUGUUUCGGCUAGUUGUGAAUCUUGCAUCACCAUAGUUGAGUAAAAUUGCGUUAGGUCGCCAGCCUACUAGCCUUAAAUCCUUUAAUAGUAUGUUUCAAUGCAUGCCUCAACAUACGCGGUGACACAUUCACUGUUGAAUACGGUUCAGUUUCUAUAUUGAAUAGAAGUUGAAGUAACUUAGGAUAAUGCUCUUCAAUUAUUUUUUCAAUAAUCGUAUACAAAAACGUAUAAGUUAUAGGAUUUAACCCUAUGUUUACUGUAUAAUAAUUGAAUUCAAAACAUAUCUAUUGUUAAGUUAUUUUGAGGUGAAACAGAA